UUUUGUGGGUAUAUAUUUGGUUUUAUAUUGGUUAAGGCGGUAAUAAUGGAUAACGUAGAACAAAAAAAGCCAGCCCAGUUCAAUGUUUUACCCAAAAUCAUAAACGGCGGUAUUGCCGGAAUUAUUGGAGUGACAUGCGUUUACCCACUGGAUAUGGUGAAGACGCGAUUGCAAAACCAGACAAUCGGUCCCAAUGGCGAGCGCAUGUACACCAGCAUCGCCGACUGUUUCCGGAAGACGAUCGCCAGCGAGGGAUUUUUUGGCAUGUAUAAGGGUUCCGCCGUGAACAUCCUUCUCAUCACACCCGAAAAGGCUAUUAAAUUGGCGGCCAAUGAUUACUUCCGCUAUCAGCUGGCCACCGAGGAGGGCAAACUUCCAUUGCCACGGGCAGCUUUGGCUGGCGGCCUGGCCGGACUGUUCCAGAUUGUGGUCACCACUCCCAUGGAGCUGCUGAAGAUUCAAAUGCAGGACGCCGGGCGCGUGGCCUCUGCCGCCCGAGCAGAAGGACGCGAGGUAAAACAAUUUACAGCCAUGGAUCUGACCAAGAAGCUCCUGCGGGAGCGGGGCAUCAUGGGGCUGUACAAGGGAGUUGGAGCGACCGGGGUACGGGACAUCACCUUCUCGAUGAUAUACUUCCCGCUGAUGGCGAUUGUAAACGACAAAGGCCCACGAAAGUCUGACGGUUCGGGCGAAGCAGUUUUCUACUGGUCCCUCAUGGCCGGACUUGUUGGCGGGAUGACGGCCGCCUUCCUGGUCACACCGCUGGAUGUGAUCAAGACCCGGCUGCAGGCCGAUAGCGAGAAGGAGUUCCAUGGCAUCGUGGACUGCGUCCAAAAGACCCUUAAGCGCGAGGGUGUUACGGCAUUCUUUAAGGGCGGUCUCUGUCGGAUAAUGGUAGUGGCACCUCUAUUCGGUAUCGCGCAAAUGUUUUACUUUUUGGGCGUGGGCGAGAAGAUUUUGGGCAUAGAGCAAAGGAAAUCAGUCUAAAAACAUAAAAUACCCUUCCUAAAGUUUUCGAUUUUAUCCGAGUCAAUUAAUUUUCUUUAAAUUGCCGGAUUUUUCAAUAUAAUGGAUAAAAAUGUUCACUUAAAUUGACUGUUUAGGAACUAAAAAAUAAU